GAUUUAAAUUGAAGCGUUGGGUGCACCGUAUUUUCCUCGAUUCGAAGGAUCAAGCCGAGAGGCCCGUCUUUUGCUCCUUUUCUUUUACCAACGACGAGACUAACCCCUUUUGUUCAACCAUUGCAUCAACCUCACUCCAUUUUCCUUUCACUUUUAAAACCUCUGAGAAUUUCCUUUCCUUCGUUUGUUCUUUCUGUCUCUAUAAUCUGUACAAAACUGAAUCUGUUGAAUCUUUAUUUAAUCUUUUUCGUUUUUGCUAUGGAUGCUUGUGUCAAACAAGAAGUCUUCGACACUCCGACGAAUGUGUCCGAGCGGAGGCAGAGAAACGGUGCCGUUUCAGAGCCCCCUCCCGAGUCGGUUAUCGAACUCAGCAGCAGCAGCAGCGAUUCCGAUUCCGAAGGCGAUUUCGACAGCGAGAUCGCCGGCUUGGUCGAACGCGCCGCUUCAGGAGAGAGUCCUUGGAAGAAGCGCAAGACUGAGGAUGUUGGAGGAGUGGUUUUGCCGGUUGGGUUCCUCAGCCCUCUCCCUCCGGCGCCGCCGCAGCCGGCGGCGGAGGACGCAGUGCUAUCCUUGCCGGCGCCGGAAUGGGCUUCGAAUUCUGCGUUGCGUUUGAGUGUGCAAAGCUGUAAGCAGUUCUGGAAGGCUGGAGAUUACGAUGGUGCUCCUAGUGGUCUUAGUGAAUCUUCAACCGUUGGUAUGGAUCAUGUCAGGGUUCACCCCAAAUUUUUACACUCUAAUGCCACAAGUCAUAAGUGGGCUCUUGGAGCUUUUGCUGAGCUUUUGGACAAUUCGUUGGAUGAGGUUUGUAAUGGGGCCACAUAUGUUAAUGUAGAUAUGCUUGUAAAUAAGAAAGAUGGCACCAGGAUGUUGCUGAUUGAAGAUAAUGGUGGUGGGAUGGAUCCUGAUAAAAUGCGUCAAUGCAUGUCGCUGGGGUAUUCUGUGAAAAGCAAAUUGGCAAAUACAAUUGGACAAUAUGGAAAUGGCUUUAAAACAAGUACUAUGAGGCUAGGUGCUGAUGUAAUUGUAUUCUCCCGUAAUCAAGGGAAAGAUGGGAAGAGCUCUACACAAAGCAUAGGCUUGUUGUCUUACACAUUUUUGAGGAAUACUGGGAAGGAAGAUAUUGUAGUACCCAUGCUGGACUAUGAAAGAGGACAAGUGGAAUAUCAGAAGAUAAUACGAACUUCGUUGGAUGAUUGGAAUAAAAAUGUGGAAACAAUAGUACAAUGGUCACCAUUUUCCAGUGAGGCUGAUCUUCUCCGUCAGUUCAAUUUGAUGAAAGAUCAUGGUACACGAGUCAUAAUAUACAAUCUUUGGGAGGAUGACCAAGGUCAGCUGGAACUUGAUUUUGAUGCAGACCCACAUGAUAUCCAAAUAAGAGGUGUAAAUCGAGACGAGAAGAAUAUACAGAUGGCAAAAGAGUUUCCCAACUCCAGACACUUCCUGACUUAUCGCCAUUCACUAAGGAGUUAUGCCUCAAUUUUAUAUCUGAGGCUUCCUCCUGGCUUCCGAAUUAUUCUUCGAGGGAAAGAUAUUUUGCAUCACAAUAUAGUGAAUGAUAUGAUGAUGUCUCAGGAGGUGACCUACAGGCCUCAAUCUGGCAUUGAUGGAAUUCCAAAGGAUACAAAUAUGGUCGCCAUUGUUACUAUUGGAUUUGUCAAGGAUGCUGUUCACCAUAUUGAUGUUUCUGGGUUUAAUGUUUACCAUAAGAAUCGACUCAUUAAGCCGUUCUGGAGGAUCUGGAAUCCAGCAGGAAGUGGAGGGCGUGGGGUCAUAGGUGUGUUGGAAGCCAAUUUUGUUGAACCUGCGCACGAUAAGCAAGGCUUUGAGCGUACACUAGUUUUAUCGAGACUAGAGUCACGGUUGAUACAAAUGCAGAAGAGUUAUUGGAGCUCUCACUGCCAUAAAAUUGGUUAUGCUUCCAAUCGAAGUAAAAAGAAAAUACGAGAUUCAGCUGAGACAUCUCCUGAUGUUGUUCCAGAAUCAUCACAAUCAAAAAGAAAGCCUUCUACCAUGGAAGGCAAAGCAACACCGUUGACAUCAGACAAAUUAGAUUCACACUCGAAUCAGAAACGGAUUCGGAAACAAACAGAAAGAUAUAGUCCUUACUCAAAUGGUCAGUUAUCAAACUCUCAACGUAGGAUGCGAAGUCCAUCGGAACAAUCAACGUCAUCAGAUGAGGACAGCGAUCAAAUUAACAUUGUCUUGCCUAAGAAACAAGGUCAAAAGGUAUCUAUGGCUAAAAAAUCAUUUGAAAAUGAGAAUGAACGUUUUCAAGAUACUACAUCAAGUGGAAAAGCCUUACGAUCUUUACAAGGAUCGAAGCUAAAGGGAAAAAAUGUAAACGAUGGUGAGCAACCGCUAUUUGACUCUGAUAUAUUGACUCUAGAGAAAUUGAAAAAAGAGAAUCGUGAGUUGAAGGAAAGACUACAGAGGAAGGAGGGAGAAAUUUUAGGGGAAGUACUACAGGAUUUGAAGCACGAGAAAGACAGGUGCACAUCUCUUGAAGCUCAGCUCCAUGCUGCGGAGAAAAAGAUUGAAGAAUUAAACAAGGAUCAAGAAACUCUUAUUGAUGUAUUUUCUGAAGAGAGGGAUAGACGUGAUACUGAAGAGAAAAACUUGAGAAAGAGACUCCAGGACGCAUCAAACACCAUCCAAGAGCUGCUUGACAAGGUACGGUUACUUGAAAGGAAGGCUUCAAGCGGCAAAGUAGAUCGAUGAAAGCCUGGUUUCUACAUUUUGUGUGCUUAUGAGUGUUGCAUGUACGUGGCAUUGGGUGGCUAUGCUUUUUGUGUGGGCUGGUUUAAUGUUGUAGGAAGUUCCUAACUUAGGAGGUAGGAUAUAAGACCCAUUCAUUGUUUGUAUAGUUUUAUAGCUGACUUUUAUUGAUAUUAAAUUCUGGCCCGGUGCUGAGGGAAGACAUCGUGACUAGGUAUGCUAAUAAAUUCUUAAUCCGUGGAUCCUUGUUUCACCCUCACCCCUCUUCGAUAUUGCUUUCAGUGUGUUUGGCCUUUUUUUUGUUUAUUGUUUUUCCUAUUUGCAAACAAAAAAAUUAUGGAUAAAUAAUCUUUUUGUU